CAGCUGAGGGAACAAGCCCCAGGCUCCCAGCCUGGGCCCAGCCCAGAUCCAAGUGCCAUAAAAGGGGCACCUCUUCACCCUGGAGCACACCUCUCUCCGUCUUCCUCCUGGUGCCUCUUCCUCAGGGUCUGCUUGUUGGAAGACGGGAUGGGUAACACGGAGGCCGAGAGGAUGAUGACGGGCUUGCUCCACCUCUACCACCAAUACGCCCAAGACUCAGGGGCUUUGGACAAAGCUGGCUUAUCCAAGAUGCUGCAGGAGAAUUUCCCCACCUUCCUGUCGGCCUGUGAAAGAAAGAGCCCGGAUUUCUUAGAGAAGUUCUUUCAGAAGCAGGACGUGAACCAUGAUGAGAAGAUCCGCUUUCCUGAGUUUCUCUCCAGUGUUGCGACAGUGGCCAUGGAUAUGUACACCGAGUCCCAAGGCCAGAAGCCCUGUUCCGAGGGCUAGAGACCCAGCCCCACCCAGCCCCGCCCAGCCCUGAGGUCCCCACUGAGGCCUGGGGUCAGCAGACCCCAACCAAUAAACUGCUGUCUCCGUUGC